CUUGGGUUGCACGCCUACAAGGUUCCCAAAAUUAGAAACAUAGGAACUUUUACAAGGAGGGUGGUGUCUCCACAUUUUCCCGGCCAUCUGAACCAUCAUCCAUCACCACCGCCCGUUUACUCUCUGAUUAUAUAUUUCUCUCUCCCUCCUGGUACAAGUAUAUACAUAUAUAUCUGAAAAGAGCUUCCUCUUGAGGGCGAUGAUCUAGGGGCUCUUGUUUAGAGAGAGAAAGUGUUUUUGGAUUUCACAAAGAGAAUGAGAGGUCCGCUUCAACGGGAAUUGACUCGAAAGAGAGGUUAGAUUGAGGGGCAUCGGUUAGAGAGAGAUUGGAUUGACGAAUUGACUCGAAAGAGAGGUUAGAUUGAGGGGCAUCGGUUAGAGAGAGAUUGGAUUGACGAAUUGACUCGAAAGAGAGAUUAGAUUGAGGGGCAUCGGUUAGAGAGAGAUUGGAUUGAAGGGCCAUUGAUUUGAGAAGAUUCAGUUAGGGUUACCGAUUCGAGCAAUGGCUUGCAGAACAGGGGAAGGAGAGGAGAGAGAAGAGGAGGAAUGCUUGUUUCCUAGGGAGAGAAAGAAGGCAUUCUUGAGGUGCGGGUCUCAUGCGGACGACGAACUCAAGAGCUUCAGGCGCUGCGUCGGAUGGCUCUGCGUCGAUCAAUCCAAUCCAUGGCGCACCUUCGUCUCAUGGUGCGUCUUCCUUUUAAUGGUUGUCGUGAUCCCGACCGCUUCUCCCUUUAUUCUGUCCUGCUCGCAUUGCGAACCCAGCCAUCGUCGAACGCACGACACGGCCGUGCAGCUUUCUCUCUCUGCAGUUGCAGCCGCCUCAUUCCUUUCUCUCUCUAAGUUUCUGCGCAAGUAUGGGCUGAGACGCUUUCUCUUUCUUGACAACCUGUGCUUUGACAGCGAGAAGGUCCGGCUGAGCUACACCACCCAACUCAAUGUAGCCGUAUACAAGAUAUGGUGGUAUGCCUACGGCUUAGCGAAGGUGCCGUUCAUCGGGAACGUGUACGUUGGAGAUGGGAUCGCGUGCAUAGUGGAGCUGGCAUCUUGGAUGUACAGGAUGAGCAUAUUCUUCAUGGUGUGCGUAUUGUUGAGGCUUAUCUGUCAUCUGCAGAUCCUACGGCUACAAGACUUCGGGAAGGUAUUCCAAGGUGAAUCGGACGUGGGAGAGAUAUUGAGGGAGCAUCUGAGGGUGAGGAAGCAGCUACGAGUUAUAAGCCACAGGUUUAGGGCUUUUAUACUCCUGUCUCUUCUGUUGGUGACGGCGAGCCAGUUUGCGUCGCUCCUCAUCACGACCAAGUCUCACUCAACCCUCACCAUCUUCAGGGACGGAGAUCUUGCCAUAUGCUCCGUUGUGUUGAUGACUGGACUGCUGAUGUGCCUACAUAGUGCUGCUAAGAUAACACACAAGGCCCAAUCCAUUGUAUCCCUUGCUGCUAAAUGGCAUAUCUGUGCUACUUGUGACUCUCUGGAAUCCAUGGAGUCUGAGACCACCCCUACGGCUCAACGAAUCUUCCCUGCUACACCAAAUGGUGAACACACCUUUAGCCUCUUAGAUAAUGAUGAUGAUGAUGAUAUCGACGAUAGUGAUGAAAACGAUGAUCUAGUCCUCACUGCCUAUGCUCAGACAGCUUCCUUCCAGAGGAGAGAAGCACUAGUGAAAUAUUUUGAGCACAACCGGGCUGGGAUUUCAGUAUUUGGGUUCAUGCUGGACCGGGCCUCCCUCCAAGUAAUAUUUAUGAUUGAGAUGUCACUUGUUUUGUGGAUAUUGGGCAAAACAGUAGGGAUUUAAACACUUACUCUCUAUUCUUCUUAUUUCUGUUUACUUUUCUUAGGUUGAGUAAAUUGGGUAUUGGUUUUUUCACAUGUAAAUUUGAUAUUUAUUUUUUGAGGUGUGAGUGAAUAAAUUGUCCGAUGCAUAUAGUCC